CCACAUAAUUUUUGAAUCAUCACAUGAGUUUCAAAGAUUUAUAGAUAACAUAUUCAAGAUGGCUACUGGUGGAGUUGAAAUAUCGGACACAAGACACCAUGGAAGUCCGGAACACAAUGCCCUCAUUGAAUCACAUUGCGUUCUUGUUAACUCCAUAUCACAAUCACCAAAAGAAAUUGCUGAUAUUUUGGUUCCACUCCGUGUACUCUCACAAAAUGAUAAGGCUGAUAUUAGAAGUGACGGACUGAAUGACGUAGAGAAAGCCAGAAAGAUUGUGAAGAUUUUAACAGACAAAGUGAAAUUAGACCCUUCUUUCUAUCACAUUCUUAUCGCUAAUCUAACGAAAAAUCAACCAUGGAUGAAAUCGUGCUUGAAAAAAGUGAGUGAAAACUUCGAUAAUGCCAAACAUGCAGAACCUACAUGUAGUCACUCUGAAAUAGAUUCUGAAAAUGUAUGUACAGUUCCAAAACAACCUGUUGGCCUGUACACAUACUUAGAAUCUGUGGUAAAUCCCAGUGAGAAAUUCGAAGAAGACCAAUUGGAAAAAGACACUAAAGAUAUGAAGAAUAACUUUGCUUCUCUUGAAGCGUGUGUACUCAGUGCCUUGAUAGAGGAUGGGGUGACCCCACGUGCUCUCAUAUCUUAUUUACAACGCUUAGAGGCUGUCGAAUCUGAUAUGAUUAAAGCAAAAAGCAUAUUAUACUUUGAUGAGAACUUCAUCAAAACAGCAAAAGAGGAUUGUUUAGUUGUACAUGACGUUUUCGAUAUGAUUAGAGACUAUUAUUCUUGGGUCAACUAUGGACUGCUUGAGGGUAUAAUAGAUACUUUUCUGGAUAGGAAUGAAGUAAUACGAAACAAACAAAGAUUAUAUGAAGAUCAGUACAAAAAAUAUUGCAAAGGGAGAGUUUGUAAAAUCCCAAGAAAUCGAUUCUUGAAACGUUUAAGUAGUCGACAUCGAAGCACUGAAUUUGUUUUCAAAAUUGACGGCAAGUGGAACGAAAUACGAAUGGAGAGGAUAGAAACAAUUCGAGACAGAAUAAAUAUGGUUUUUAAAUUUAAACCCCAUACGCUCAGUCUCAAAACAGUACAAAAAGGAUGUGUGGAAGUCACAUUUGAAAUUCCUGAGCAUGUUGCAGAUGUGGUGCUACCAUUGACAGAAGAACAGGUCCAAAUACUCAAGCAACAUUCCAUUACGCUCAUUGAUGGAUGUGUAUCACACUUUAUUGGAGGUACAGCCACUCAACCAUCACUGGGAGGCACUGACAAUGAACAAUUGCUACGGCAGCGAUUCAUUGACUCAAAACAGCAGAGCGAGCAGCUCCUAGGAGAGAUGUCAGAACAGAACACGUGUAUACUAGCUACCAUAGUAUCCAGUUACUCUACACGUAUGUCCCCCUUCCUCUUGUGUGAAAGAUAUCGAAGAGACAGACAAGAAGCUGAUGGACAAGAAGCUGACGGACAAGAAGCUGACGGACAAGAAGCUAACAUCAGAGCAAAUAAUCCUAUGGAUAACGUUCGGUGUGCAAUAUGCCAGGACGUCUGGUAUCAGCCUGUCACUUUAAAAGGAUGUGGGCACACAUUCUGCCGACGUUGCAUCUUACAGACAAUGCAACAGCGCUUGAUGUGUCCUGAUUGCAGGGUAGUUAUCAAUGAACUACCAAUGCUUUACAACGCUCCAGCCGUUCGGUUGAUUGAUGCUUACUUUCAGCAAAACCCAGAGGUAAAGCGACAAGAAUACGAAGAAAUCAGCGAUGAAGACUUUGGUAGUCAAUAUGAGAUACUCGUGGAAUCUAAAGGUUAAGAGUAUACCGUAGACUAACACUGGGACCCUUGACAUGUUCUUUAUUUAGUGAAUAUAGUGAUAUUUGAGAUGGUAGUAUAAUAGUUCAAUACACUGUGUGUUAGUCACAGUAUGAAGAUUACUUAUCAUCUGACUAUAUACCACGUGGUAGUGUGUGUGUGUGUGUGUGUGUGUGUGUGUGUGUGUGCGUGCGUGGUGCGUGUGCGUGUGCGUGUGUGUUGGAGGGGUUGAAACAAAAAAAAUAAAUUGUGAGAAACUGCCUUAUCUGACCGUAGAAUUGGGUAACCACCUCUCCUAUUUUCAUUAAA